GUUUAUCUUGAUUUUUGAUUAACGACGAUAAGUUAAGAGUGCGAUAAGACAGACUCGAUAAAAUUAUAAUAAUAAUAUAAAUAUAAUUUAAUUAAUUAACUAUGCAUACAAUUAUUAUAAACAUUACCUCGGGCCUUUACCGUUUUUCCGUUUUCCAUGCAACCUGAGUCGGUUAUUGAAGUGCGACGACCCCAUAUUACAUUCAGUGCGGUCGGUUUUUGUGUGAUGUAAAUUUUACAGACGUAUGUAUUCGGCUUGCCGAAAAAUGCGCUAAAAUUGAUUUUUUAGUGAUGACUUGAUUGCACCACUGUACGGUCGUCUUGUAAUAUGGUAAUAUUAAUUGUGUUCAAUGAUUCAUCAUAUUAUUUAAUUACACUGUUCGAGUAUUUAAAACAAUACAGUUACCAUCUGUUUAUAAAUUUAUUUGCUGUUUACAAUUACAAAUACUUACUUAAUUAAAAUUCAUUGAUGGAAAAUUAGUUUUUUAUUAUGUAUAUUCAAAGUGAUCGUUUCAGAUCUUAUUUGAUUUUCACUAAGUUGAUGGCAACCGUACACGUUUAUUUAACGAUAUGGAUCCUUCCAUUCUCUGUGCAGUUAAUAUCUAUAAUUUAACAUUUCUUUUAAAUUUGUUGUACUUCAUACAUUUCUUAGAUUUUAAGUGACUGCUGGUUUCAAUGUAGGGCAGAGGACUGUUUAAAGCUAUUGUUUCAUUGUCAAUGAAAUUGUUUGGUGCUAGGUUUAUGGUAGAUUUUUGACUGAUAGAAAAAAUUAGAAAGUUAUCCCAUUUAAAUAUAAAUAUGUAUGUAUACAAAUGUAAAUUAUAUUUUUGACAAUGUGUAAAAAUGAACACAUAAAGUUAUAUGAUAAUUGAUUAAAAAAAUAAAAAAUGUUGUAUGGUUGCUGAAUGACCAUAAUAAUCAUAAGUUUAUUUUACUACACUUAUAGAAUUCAAAGUAUGAUAAUAAAAACUUUGUUUUAAUAUAGUACAAUUAAUACAUAAUAAUUUAAUUAUGAUUUGACUAUAUUAACGUUUUACAUAAAUAAAUUUAUGGUUUUGGUUGAAAUAUGACUUUUGGGUAACAGGAAAAAAAUUACAAGUAUUGGAAACCAUCUUAUGUAAUAUUAGUCUGGUUAUUUACCCAAACAAUGAAUACGUGAUCUAAUUUUCCAUUUUCUGAUAGCUUUAAUAUCAGCCUAAGUACCUAUUUGUUAUAGUAGAAUAGCUAUCAUAGAAAAAUUGUUAAAUUGUAAAAGUAAAAAUUCUAAUUUAUUAACUAUAUUUCAUGUGAUUUUACAAAUGGAAAACCUUUUUGACUCUGGCAUUUUUCAAUAUUUUGAUAUUUUUUCUUGUACACAAGUUGUGGGGUGUUGAAAAUAGAUGAAAAUUGAAAAAUUGAAUCUUGUAUAUAUUGUCUGAAUAGGGUAUCAGAACGAAUGUUAUAUAACACAUAAUUAAAUAUUUUGUUCUUCUUUUUUCCUGUUACCCAAAAGCCAAAGUAUUACUUUUCAAAAAAAAAUUUUUAUAUUCGGAGCAGUAUAUAUAGUGCACUGGUUUUUUUUAUCAAUUUUAAAUAUGAUUAUGUUUCAGGGCGGUAAUGUAUCACAACUUGAAAAAGAUAUUGGAUCGGAUCAGUUUCCUCCUAAUGAACAUUAUUUUGGUUUAGUAAAUGUAAGAUUAUGAUUUAUAAUGAUUUUAAUUCAUGAAUUUUUCACUAAUGAUAAAAUUUAAGAAAACUUAAUAUUGUUGUUUUAAAUAUUAACAAAAAUAUUUAGAUUGAACUUUUUUCAAAACUUAAUUUAUGUUAUAUUUAAAUAUGAAACAUUUUAUACUUAAGUUUAAUAUUUUUUACCCUAUAUUAGUUUAAUUUCUCAACAUGAUUUUUACAUUAGUUAGUUUAACAUUAUUAUUUUACAAAUGAAUAAAACGAUAACCUACAAUAAUUUACUGUACUAAUUGUUUGAUUAUCUAUACAUUUGUGGUUUUUCAGUUUGGAAAUACAUGUUACAGUAAUUCAGUUCUUCAAGCUCUUUAUUUUUGUAAACCUUUCCGAGACAAAGUAUUGGAAUAUAAGGCUCGUAAUAAAAGAAGUAAAGAGACAUUACUAACGUGUUUAGCUGAUCUAUUUCAUAGUAUUGCUACUCAGAAAAAAAAAGUUGGGUCUAUAGCGCCAAAGAAAUUCAUUAAUAGACUGAGAAAAGAGAAAGGUAAUUUUUAAAAUUUGUUGUAAUUCAAUUAGUGGAAUUUUGAAUGAUUUGUUUAAAUUAUUUCUACCGAUUUGACUUAAUAACCAAUUUAAAUAAAUUUAAAUUUAGGAAAUGUGUAAUAUAAUAUUAUUAUAAGUUGAUUUUAAACUUUUUUUUAUUCAAUUUUAUUAACACGUUCACCGCCGCUGCCGAUCACGGAUCGGCGUUAGUAGUGGAGCGCUGACGGCCGCCGCCGAUCCGUAAUCGUCAGAAAUAGGUAUAUUUAGAUAUGCUUAUAAAUAACUCGGCGUUAUCGACACUGCUUUAUUAUUUUUCAUGGCCAUUCAGUACGUAUUAGUUAACAUUGUGUCGUAGUUGUAGCCUUAAUUCAUAUAGGCAGUGGCCGCCGCCGAUCACGGAUAGUCACGUAUAUAAUGAUUAUCAGAAUUUAUGUGGCGUGUGGCAAUAGAUUAGAAAUAUGCGGGCGGAGGUGAACGUGUUAACUAAAUAGAUUUAUAUUUUUUUUGAAUUUGGAAUCAAUUAAGGAAGAUAAUUUAUUAUUAAAUAUCUUAUAAUUUUGUUUAAUAUUCAUAAAGAAUAUAAUAAAAUCCACGAGUUUAUUAAAACCAUUGGCAAUAAUAAUCAAAAAUUUAAUAAUUUUGAAAAUAUUUUGUUUAUAUAAUGAAGUAAUUUACACCACUACUCAGAGAUUUAAGUUAUUUUCCUAAUUAUUGUGAUUUGCCAUAAUAUAUAGCUACACUACUUUUGGUUUUGGUAUUAAAACAUGUGAUAGGUCAUAGGUAGGAAAAAAAUAUUCUAGAUUGCAUUUUUGAAAUGUUUUAGGUCUAAUCAGUAUUAAAUUUAAUGAGAAAUACCUAUUAUUUCUUUUUAAUUAAAAAAAAAAUCCAACAUACCUAAAUAAAAAUAUUUUUGUUUUUAUGUAGAUUUAAAAGUGUAUUUUCUAUUGAUAACUAUAAUUUUUAUUUUAUAUUUAAGUUAAAUAUUUGUUUGUUUUAUAGAAGAAUUCAAUAACUACAUGCAACAAGAUGCUCAUGAAUUUUUAAAUUUCCUUAUAAAUCAUAUUAAUGAAAUUAUUCUUUGUAAGUAACAUCAAUUAUUUAAACGAUUGAAUAAAUAUUUAGAAAUUAAAUAACGAUUGUAUAUUAGCUGAACGUAACCAGGCUAACUGUAAUGGAAAAUCUAAAUCACUUGCACCCAAUAUUAUUGAUGGAGAGUCAACUACUAGCAGCAUUACUAGUUCAAGUAGUCAUAACCAAGAUCCAACUUGGGUACAUGAAAUAUUUCAAGGAAUAUUAACGAGUGAAACUAGAUGUCUGAACUGUGAAGAAGUACCUACUUAAUAUAAGAAUAUUAAGUAAAAUUAUGCAUAUUUUAAUGUUUUAUUUGUAGGUUAGCAGUAAAGAUGAAGAUUUUUUUGACCUUCAAGUAGAUAUAGAUCAAAAUACUAGUAUUACACAUUGUUUACGUUGUUUUAGUAAUACAGAAAUGCUUUGUAGUGAUAAUAAAUUUAAAUGUGACAAUUGCUGUAGCUAUCAAGAAGCGCAGGUAAUGAAUUUGUUUUUAAUCUCAAACAAUAAAUAAAUUCAAAUGUCCAUUAAUGAAUAUUUAACUAUUGAUUUUUUUUCAGAAAUGUAUGAGAGUUAAAAAAUUGCCUAUGAUAUUGGCAUUGCAUUUGAAAAGAUUUAAAUACAUGGAGCAAUUUAACAGGCACAUUAAAGUAUCUCAUAGAGUUGUUUUCCCUUUAGAACUCAGGUUAUUUAAUACGGUAAUUAUUUUAUUAAUAAAUUGUUGACAUAAAGUAAUAUUUAAAAAUAAAUAUUAGUCAGAUGAUGCAGUCAAUCCUGAUAGAAUGUACAAUCUUGUAGCUGUUGUUAUACAUUGUGGCAGUGGACCAAAUAGAGGUCAUUAUAUCAGCAUAGUUAAAAGCCAUGAUUUUUGGUUAUUGUUUGAUGAUGAUAUGGUUGAUGUAAGAUAUUUAAUCUAAUAAUGUGUUCUUCUAUUAAUUUGAUUAAUAUUUUUUUUAUUUUUAAUAGAAAAUUGAUCAAUCUGCAAUAGAAGAUUUUUAUGGUCUCACAUCAGAUUUACAAAAAUCAUCAGAAACUGGUUAUAUACUUUUUUAUCAAUCUAGAGAUGCCACUGAUGUUUCAAAAUCUGGUAUGACAGAUUCAAAAUCAAGUCAUUGUAAAUGAUUGCACAAAUUCUAUAUUUUUUAGGUAUUUAUUUAUUAUUUUACAGCACAAAAUGACUAUAAUAUGUCACAUGUGUUUCAAAAAAGUGAUAUUAACCUAUAUACUAUACACAUAACUAGUUAGUAUAAUAUUAUUAAUUGUUAUAAUUUGUGAUAAAACUUAUUCAUUUUAGACACUUUGUUAGUCAGUUAAACAAAUAUUUAUGGUGAUUUAUUAAUUAAUGAUACUUUGUUUUUAUAACUAAUCAAAAAAAAAAAAAAAUUUUUUGAGCACAUAAUUUUAAAAGUUGCUAAAAGUACUACAGCAUAUUAUAUAUUGUAAUGAUUAUAGUUUAAAUAUUAACAUUUAUAGGUCCAAAAAUUAUAUUCUUUAUAAAUAAUAAUAGUAUGAGAUGUGCUUAUUAUAAUCUCAAAGUCAAUGUAUGAACAUUGAUUUUUUCUCUCUCUAGGUAACUGGUCAAUUUUUAGUAAAUUUUAAUAGUAUAUUGAUUAUAUGCUUUUAUAUAUUUAACAGGAUUUGUUUAAUGAUAUUUUUUAAUUCAAAAUGAAUUAUUAUCUUUUCCAUGUAUCAUUGAAUGGAAUUAAAUUUCAUACUAUAGUUUUGAGUAUAAUUUUUCAUUUGUGCAUUAGACAAUUUAAUAUUUGUAUUUUAUAUUUACUUUCAUAAAAUUUAAAACAAAAUUUUUUUUUCAUUCUAUUCAGUAUUAAUUGUUAGUAUUAAGCAGUAUAUCUUAUUUUCUAGCUAUGUAUGAACUUUUUUAGAAUUGCCCAAGCUACUAAAUUUUCUUUUUAUGUUUAGUGCUAUGUUUUUUUCUUUUUUUGUCAAUAUUGAUAUGAUUUUUAACUGAAUAUUUUCUUAGCUGUGGAGAAUUUUUAGAGAAGUAUAACAGAUUUUCUUGUUGAUUAAUUUUAAGUAAAUUAUACAUUUUAUCUAUAUAUUCUUUUUUGUUAAGUAUAUGUAUAAUUUUCUAUGAAAAUGCAUGCAUAUUAAUUGUAUUAAUAAGUUAUUGGAGAAUAAUUUAUCAAACAAUAUAGGUAUGUAAGAAAUAUACUGAUUAAAAUUCAUUCAUACAAUUUUUAAGUAUAUAUAUAUACAGAAUGUCCCAUAGAGAUCUAACAAAUACAAUAACUUUUGUGCUGUUCAAUAUUUUUAUCAAAAUAUUAUUAGAACCUUAUUUAAUUUUUAAUACUUAAAGUAAAGGAAGCCAUUUUAUACAUUUAUUUUGAAAUAAAAUUUUGUUGUUACCAUAUUUUGUAGAAAAUGUAUUUAUUUUCUACAGUUUUUCUAAGUUUACAAAAAAUUAUAUCUUUAUUUUUAAUUACUAAAUAAUAAUUAAAAUAUAAUUAAUGAAUAAUAACUAUAUUAUAAAAAAUGUUAUUGUAUACUUAUCAGUAUUUUUUCUUGUAAAACUUGAUAAUUUAAUUGAUAUAUUUGAAAUGAAAAACAUUUUAAUUUUUGUAAACUUCAAUAAAUCAUAGAAUAUUAACAAAACUCAUCAUUAGUAAACAUUUGUGACCCCCAAAUUUUGUUUCUAAAUAAAUAUAUAAAAUGGCUAUUUUGGAUUUUUUAAAACAAUUUUUUAUUUUUAGUUUAGACAAAUAUUAAUCCGAACAAAUGGUUGCAUUUUUCUGUCCCUGUGGAACAUAGUAUACCAGUUAUCCUGUAUAGCUUUACUCGUGCAUAGUAUUGAACAAAAAUAAAUAAAUACAGUUCUCCCCAAGUCUUAUUAAUAACUAUUUUGAUUUUAUCUGUGUUAUUAAGAUAACCCAUAAAUCAAUACAAAUAUUUGUUUUUUGUUCCAAAAAUACCCAAAACUCUAUCAACCACUGUUUAGGAUUUGAGUUUAAAAAAAUUUGAAGGGCACAUGACUCAUUCAUCUGCUUCUGUAUCCAAAUUUUCAAACCUCAGUGUGCAGUAAAUUUGGUUGUGAAUCACUCACAGAUACUUCUUUCUGUUAAUAUAUAUAAUUAUUAUUUUUAAGUUAGGCAUUUUAGUAUUGUAUUUAAUAUGAUUUGUUGAGUUUAAAGAUGAUUUAAUAUUUAAUUAAAUUAUACAAGGUUAUGAGCAAAUAAAUGGAAAUAAAAAAAUACAUUCUGUAGUACCAAUAGCUUGUAUUAUUUAGUUUUUAUGCUAAUGUUGAUAGUGAUCAUUGCCUGAAACCUAUUUGUCUUACAUAAAUAAUUUACGUUAUAACAACUAUGGAAGCAUGUAUCUUUAAAUUAACAGAUUACAAAUUGGAUAUUAUUGUUUAAAAAUAAUAUUAGUUCAUAAGUAUAUUUUUUCUAAUAUCUACUGAUUAUUAACCAGUGUUUUUUAUAUAGUUAUGACUUGCUGUCUCGAGUCAUUCAUAUGUUAGCUUUAGUAUAUAGGUAAUUCAAAUAACCAUUUAAGUUUUAAAAAAAGUUAUACAAAUGCUAUUUAUGUUUAGUUGUAUUAGUUAUAUAGUAUAGAUAUUAAAUCAGUUUGAUGUUCAUAGUUUGAAAAAUGUGAUAUGAUUUUAAAAUUGAAUUAAUUAAAAUCAGUUUGAUUGCCGUGUCCAAAUUAACUUAAGUAUUGAAAAUAUUCAAAAUCCAUUUAGUAGUUUUGUUAAAACAUUUUAUUUUAUAUCUAAGUAAUAUUUCAGUACCCUACAUUUAUAUGUUUAAUGCUAUUUGUAAUAUUUCACUAAAAGUUACCAUUAUUUAUUUACUUAAAAACUUUUUUUUACUGAAUGUUUAAAUUAUUCCUGAACCCUUGUAUGUCUAAUAGUAUAAAGAAUAACUAUUUAGUAGUAUGUGUAAAACAAGCAAUAUAUUGUUAUUGAUGUUAUACUAAAUUGGAAAAUUAUUAGUAUAGUGUUUAGUAAUUGAUACCGAUGUCUAUACAUGUAUUAUUUUGUUAGAAUGUUAAAUUUGUUUAAUUGUUACUAUAUUUAUUAUUUUUUAUUAACAAAACAUCUAUGGUUAAAUUAUUUUAUACAAUAAUAAAAUAUUUAUAAGUGCAUUUUUUUUAGAGUUGAAAAUCAUGGUAAUUUAACCAUAAAACACUAUUCACUAUUAGUAUUUAGCUCAUCAUUAGUUACCCAGCAGAACCUUGUAACACGAUUUUAACAAAUUUUACAAAACAUUGACAAAAAAACUGUUAUUAAGUAUACCUUUCACCUAGUUAAGUUACAAAACUUAAAAAUAACUACCAAUACAGCAACACAUCAAAUUGAUCAAAAACACUAUAAGAAAGUUUCUGUACAAUUUUUGGUAGAAAAUUUGACGUGAUUUAGUUUUAUUGUAUACAAACUAGAUAAUGGCCAUUAAUAAAAUUUGUCCUU